AGAAGCCUCCUGAAGCAAGAAAAAUCCCAGAUCUAACUACCUUCCUCCUCCCCUGCCGUCGGUUUCAGCUUGGUGUGGGUGUGAAUUUCUCAGUUUUUGGUUCUUCUCCAAUUUCCACUAGCCUUUGAACCUGCUAGGCUCGGUUUGGCUUGUCAUAAUUCUUUGGUAUGAAAUAGCUUUUAAAGCUGAAUUUUAAGCCAUUUAAUUGUUGCCAUGCUGAGUUUUAAUGGUUGAAUUGCUGCCCUAUUGUUGUCCGAAUUUUCUGCUGGGAAUAGGAGGCGAUUCGGUAGUGAAUGGGACCAUGAUUUUGCUCAAUUCAUGUAGAAGUUAGUUUAAGUAGGUUGUUGUGAUGUUCUGGAGAGAAAAUACCGUGUGUGUGAGUUGUGGUUUGCCAAAGCCAUGCUCUCCAUAUGCUGCCCGUGAGUAAAUGGGAAAAUUUUAU